AUGUCUUUUAUUUCCCAUAUCGUCUCUAUAUCGCUGAUUUUUUGUUUCCUUGCCCUUUCUAUACCUCGCUCUGUUGUUUUUUGUUCCUUGCCGUCUCUAUACCUCGUUCUGUUUUUUUUUGUUCCUUGCCGUCUCUAUACCUCGCUCUGUUUUUUUUUUGUUCCUUGCCGUCUCUAUACCUCGCUCUGUUUUUUUUUGUUCCUUGAGGUCUCUAUACCUCGCUCUGCUUUUUUUUGUUCCUUGCCGUCUCUAUACCUCGCUCUGCUUUUUUGUGUUCCUUGCCGUCUCUAUACCUCGCUCUGCUUUUUGUGUUCCUUGCCGUCUCUAUACCUCGCUCUGCUUUUUUGUGUUCCUUGCCGUCUCUAUACCUCGCUCUGCUUUUUUGUUCCUUGCCGUCUCUAUACCUCGCUCUGUUUUUUUUUUUGUUCCUUGCCGUCUCUAUACCUCGCUCUGUUUUUUUUUUUGUUCCUUGCCGUCUCUAUACCUCGCUCUGUUUUUUUUUGUUCCUUGCCGUCUCUAUACCUCGCUCUGUUUUUUUUUUGUUCCUUGCCGUCUCUAUACCUCGCUCUGUUUUUUUUUUUUGUUCCUUGCCGUCUCUAUACCUCGCUCUGUUUUUUUUUUUUGUUCCUUGCCGUCUCUAUACCUCGCUCUGUUUUUUUUGUUGUUCCUUGCCGUCUCUAUACCUCUCUCUUUUUUUUUUUUUUUGGUCCUUGCCGUCUCUAUACCUCGCUCUGUUUUUUUGUUGUUCCUUGCCGUCUCUAUACCUCGCUCUGUUUUUUUUUGUUGUUCCUUGCCGUCUCUAUACCUCGCUCUGUUUUUUUUUUGUUCCUUGCCGUCUCUAUACCUCGCUCUGUUUUUUUUGUUGUUGUUCCUUGCCGUCUCUAUACCUCGCUCUGUUUUUUUUUGUUCCUUGCCGUCUCUAUACCUCGCUCUGUUUUUUUUUUUUUGUUCCUUGCCGUCUCUAUACCUCGCUCUGUUUUUUUGUUGUUGUUCCUUGCCGUCUCUAUACCUCGCUCUGUUUUUUUUGUUGUUGUUCCUUGCCGUCUCUAUACCUCGCUCUGUUUUUUUUGUUGUUGUUCCUUGCCGUCUCUAUACCUCGCUCUGUUUUUUUGUUGUUGUUCCUUGCCGUCUCUAUACCUCGCUCUGUUUUUUUUUUUUGUUCCUUGCCGUCUCUAUACCUCGCUCUGUUUUUUUUUGUUGUUCCUUGCCGUCUCUAUACCUCGCUCUGUUUUUUUUUUGUUGUUCCUUGCCGUCUCUAUACCUCGCUCUGUUUUUUUUUGUUGUUCCUUGCCGUCUCUAUACCCCGCUCUGUUUUUUGUUUUUUUUUGUUCCUUGCCUUUUCUUAAUUCAAAUAUUCCUCCUCGAAACUCCGCAUCAACUAAACCCUUUUUUAUUACUCUCUCAUUUACCCCUUUUUUUAUCACUCUCUCAUUUAUCCCACUUCUGCACGUUACUCCCUCACACAGACUCGCUUCACUUUCAUCAAUUACGAUUCUCCCUUCUGUUAAUCUUCUUUCUCACUCUCUCUUCUGUUUUCCUCCGUCUCACUCUAUUUUCCACUGCCCUGUUUAUUUUUUCUUAUUAUCUAUUUUCUCUGUCCGUUUCUUUUUUUGUUUUUGUUUCAUUGUUUUCUCUGUCCCGUUUCAUUUUUUCAUUCUGUUUUCUCUGUCCCGUUUCAUUUUUUUCAUUCUGUUUUCUCUGUCCCGUUUCAUUUUUUCAUUCUGUUUUCUCUGUCCCGUUUCAUUUUUUCAUUCUGUUUUCUCUGUCCCGUUUCAUUUUUUUUUCUGUUUUCUCUGUCCCGUUUCAUUUUUUCAUUCUGUUUUCUCUGUCCCGUUUCAUUUUUCAUUCUGUUUUCUCUGUCCCGUUUCAUUUUUCAUUCUGUUUUCUCUGUCCCGUUUCAUUUUUUUCAUUCUGUUUUCUCUGUCCCGUUUCAUUUUUUUCAUUCUGUUUUCUCUGUCCCGUUUCAUUUUUUCAUUCUGUUUUCUCUGUCCCGUUUCAUUUUUUCAUUCUGUUUUCUCUGUCCCGUUUCAUUUUUUCAUUCUGUUUUCUCUGUCCCGUUUCAUUUUUUCAUUCUGUUUUCUCUGUCCCGUUUCAUUUUUUCAUUCUGUUUUCUCUGUCCCGUUUCAUUUUUUUCAUUCUGUUUUCUCUGUCCCGUUUCAUUUUUUCAUUCUGUUUUCUCUGUCCCGUUUCAUUUUUUCAUUCUGUUUUCUCUGUCCCGUUUCAUUUUUUCAUUCUGUUUUCUCUGUCCCGUUUCAUUUUUUCAUUCUGUUUUCUCUGUCUGUCUCUCUCACUUUCAAAUUCUCCACUAUUAAUCUCUCACGCAUUUCUUCACCGCUCUCUAUCCGAUUCCUUUCUUCUCUCUUUAUUCUCAUUAUCAAUUCAAUAUUUCUUCUUGUAUUAGUUUCUAUCCGCCAUUUUCUUUUUACCCGUCUUCAUGAUAAAGGCAAAGAAAUUGAGAAGGCAUUGUCUGGAAACUUGAACCGUGUCCAUCUUGGUUCUUGCUUUCUCUCUCUCCUCUUUUUUUUUCUCUCUCUCUCUCUCACUCUCCUCUUUUUUUCUCUCUCUCUCCUCUUUUUUUCUCUCUCUCUCCUCUUUUUUUUCUCUCUCUCUCCUCUUUUUUUCUCUCUCUCUCCUCUUUUUUCUCUCUUCUUUUUUUCUCUCUCUCUCUCUCUUCUUUUUUUCUCUCUCUCUCUCUUCUUUUUUUCUCUCUCUCUUCUUUUUUUCUCUCUCUCUUCUUUUUUCUCUCUCUUUUUUUUCUCUCUCUUCUUUUUUCUCUCUCUCUUCUUUUUUCUCUCUCUCUUCUUUUUCUCUCUCUCUCUUCUUUUUUCUCUCUCUCUCUUCUUUUUUCUCUCUCUCUUCUUUUUUUUUCUCUCUCUCUCUUCUUUUUUUCUCUCUCUCUUCUUUUUCCUCUCUCUCUUCUUUUUCUCUCUCUCUCUUUUUUUUCUCUUUUUUUCUCUCUUCUUUUUUCUCUCUCUCUUUUUUCUCUCUCUCUCUUCUUUUUCUCUCUCUCUCUUUUUUUCUCCUUUUUUCUCUCUUCUUUUUUUUUCUCUCUCUCUUUUUUUCUCUCUCUGUCUCUUCUUUUUUUCUCUCUCUCUCUUCUUUUUCUCUCUCUCUCUCUCUCUCUCUCUUCUUCUUCUCUCUCUCUCUCUCUCUUCUCUCUCUCUCUCUCUCUCUUUUUUCUCUCUCUUCUUUUUUCUCUCUUCUUUUUCUCUCUCUCUUUUUUUUCUCUCUUCUUUUUUCUCUCUCUCUCUUCUUUUCUCUCUCUCUCUUUUUUUCUCUUCUCUCUCUCUCUUCUUUUUUUCUCUCUCUCUCUUUUUUCUCUCUCUCUCUCUCUUUUUUCUCUCUCUCUCCUCUUUUUUUCUCUCUCUCUCUGCUCUUUUUUCUCUCUCUCUCUUCUUUUUUUCUCUCUCUCUGCUCUUUUUUCUCUCUCUCUGCUCUUUUUUCUCUCUCUCUGCUCUUUUUUCUCUCUCUCUGCUCUUUUUUUUCUCUCUCUCUCUCUCUGCUCUUUUUCUCUCUCUCUUCUCUUUUUUCUCUCUCUCUGCUCUUUUUCUCUCUCUCUGCUCUUUUUUCUCUCUCUGCUCUUUUUUUUCUCUCUCUCUCUCUCUCUCUCUUUUUUUUUCUCUCUCUCUCUCUUUUUUUUUUUCUCUCUCUUCUCUUUUUUUCUCUCUCUCUUCUCUUUUUUCUCUCUCUCUUCUCUUUUUUUUCUCUCUCUUCUCUUUUUUUUCUCUCUCUCUUCUCUUUUUUUUCUCUCUCUCUUCUCUUUUUUUUCUCUCUCUCUUCUCUUUUUUUUCUCUCUCUCUUCUCUUUUUUUUCUCUCUCUCUUCUCUUUUUUUUCUCUCUCUCUUCUCUUUUUUUUCUCUCUCUCUUCUCUUUUUUUUCUCUCUCUCUUCUCUUUUUUUCGACUUAUUAGCAUCUUUCUUUUUUACCCAGUUUUUUUAA